UUCUGCUCGGGAGCUGUCCCGGGAAGCACAGUGCUGAAACCGCAGAGCCACUCCGACACCGACCAGCAGAAUCUCUGAGAUGAGGAGUGCUCACGGUGGUCUUGGAUUAUGAAUCCCUGAUGAAUUACCCCGAAGAACCGCACACAUCCAGAAUGACGCAGAUGCGCAGGAAAGCGUCCGUAUAAUGACACAUAUCAACCAUCGUCCUAGGUAGAUUUAUAAAGCGCUGCAGAAUAACAUUCGACCCGCAUUUGAUAUAAAUAUAGUACGACACAACCGAAGAGAUGCGUCCAGAAGUGUUUGGAAGUAUUUGCUUUUGCCCAAGGUAUCUGAAACCUUUAGGUGCAUUUACAAAACCUACCUGAAAGAGCUUUUAAGAUGAUCAUCUGAAGGUGGACCUGGCCGAAAAUGAUGAUGCAAAUGCUUUAACACUAAUGUGACAUGGUACUUUGAAGCGUUACGGGAAGAGUUCUGCUUCUUUUUAAUAAUUGGAGACCCAGGACAAGAGCUGGAUUACAAACACAACAGGAAAGCAUUGAUUUUCUUGAAUAAUCAUAUGGCUUCCGACACAUGUCUUCUGCUCUUUUGUACCAGUGGAAUUACAUUUGCAUGAACUUAGGAAGAAUAGUUGAAUUCUGACCCAAAGUAUGCAUAUGCAUAUUUUUAAGAUUCAACCUUGAAUGUUUUGCAUGUAAAAAAUGUAAAUGGACUUCUUCUUAUAGUUGCAUACUGAACAGUGAGCAGUUAAGCAUCUAUUUUCAGUCAGCAAUGGCAGAACCAAAGCCUAAAAUCUGAAUUUACAAUUGAAAAUUUAAAACUAUUCUUAGGCUGCCUUACAAGCACUGUUAUUUCCUUCAGGAACUAAUAAAUAAAACCUCUGGAAUUCAUUUUUGAGAUUUAGAUGAAGACACCUGACUGAGUCUGGCACCAUAAAGGGUCAGCAAGCUUGUGGAAUAAUAACCAUGGCUUUAGUUUAGUCUAAACUAAAAGGUACCCCAAAACUUAGCCUGGAAAGUGUCACUGGACUUUAUUUCUCCUCUUUUUGGCUGAGGUGCGGUCACGGGAUGCUGAAGAGCCGCUGUUGUGUCCUCUUCAGUGACCUCAAGCUGUUUUUGCUCAGGCCACAGGCUCCUACAGGCCCCAUGAGUGGACAAACAUCCAGAAUCACUCCUUAUGCGGCCUCAGAUAAUAACAACACCCUAAGGGCCCACCGGCUCCAACACUGGAGUACCCCGUCCACAGAGGACACUGUUGGGCUAGAGGCAGUGACGGACGGUUCGGGGUGGACGGGCACUGCAGCGGACCUCUACCCAGCAGCCGAUGAGUUCUCAAAGGACAGAAGGGAUGAGAGGUUUUCAUUCAUCAGUUAUGCUGAAGGGACCCCCGUGUGCAGGAUAUGCUUCCAAGGGCCGGAACAGGGCGAGUUGUUGAGUCCAUGUCGCUGCAAUGGGUCAGUUCGCAGCACUCAUCAGUCGUGUCUCAUUAAGUGGAUCAGCGAGAGAGGCUUGUGGACGUGUGAACUCUGUUACUAUAAGUAUCAGGUCAUCGCCAUCAGCACCAAGAACCCACUGCAGUGGCAAGCUAUCUCCCUCACGGUUAUAGAGAAGGUUCAGAUUGCAGCGGCUAUCUUAGGUUCCCUGUUUCUCAUCGCCAGCAUCUCAUGGCUGGUCUGGUCGUCUCUCAGCCCUUCAGCCAAGUGGCAACGACAAGACCUGCUUUUCCAGAUCUGCUACGGGAUGUACGGCUUCAUGGAUGUGGUCUGCAUCGCCCUAAUAGUCCAUGAGGGGCCCUCCGUGUUCCGAAUAUUUCAUCGAUGGCAGGCUGUCAAUCAACAGUGGAAAGUUUUAAAUUAUGACAAGAAGACAGACAGUGAGGAGCUGAAGAACAAUGAGGAAUGGACUCGAUCGCUCCUUCACCAGAGAGAGCAAACCGGAUUGGACAUAUCACCUUCGCCUUCAUCGCUACUGGCUGCUGCCGGAACGCCCGCCUCUGAUGCGGCUGUUAGCACUGCAACCACUAACUCCACCGCGGUCAGGCAGGAUUCUUCAGGCACACACCAGAGUGACGCUCAUGGAGACAGGGCAGCUCUGCCCAACCAACACUGUCCGUAUAACUUCCUUCAUUUAUUGAGUCAUCUGCGGCCUCAUGAGCCAUGGAGCCCGGUCAGUACUGGCAGUGCUAACACUAACAAACCUAGAGAACUGGUUAUGAGAGUCACCACUGUCUGAGGACGCUUGGACUGGAGGCCUUGUGAUGGUUGACUCUAAAUGUUUUUUCAGCACAAAGAGACAAGCACAGUUUUAUCACACUUUCUGCAUAUUAAAAUCCUUGGAUUAUUUGUGACUGGUGGUCGACCGAUAUCGGCCAUUGCUGAUGCCGAUAUCUAGAGAACAGGGUGGCUGAUAUGUAGAAUUCACAUUAAUGAUGAUUGCAAAAUUGCUGAAUUUAAAGAAAUUGUUCUGCCAAAAAUGACAAUUCUGUCAUUAUUUACUCACCGUCAUUUCAUACCAAACCUGUACGUACUUUAGACCAGAAACGUACUUUACGCAAGUAAGCAUUCAGAUGCGAGAACUUGGCCCACUCAUUGCCAACAUGCUUAGUGUGCAUUCUUGUGUUACUGUGGCGGUAACAAACCCUCAGUUCUCUGUGCCAUUAACCCCUCCUUGGUCUUAACGAUCAAGUCCUUACGUUGUCAUUAAGGGUCAAAUUGACCCUUUUUAUGUUCAAUUUCAAAAGCUUGUAAUAAAGGCUCAGUUUGCUCUCUCUCUACUUUUGGUCUUCGUUCGUCUAGGUGCCAGCUAACACUAGAAUUUAUUUAUUUUUUUCUAUUUCUCAAAUUCUUUCUCUAUCACCUUCUAUUCCAAGUGGCAACAUUCUCAACAUUUGUUAUGAACUGUGGUCGGACGCAUUUUGGAACGCAACAAUGCAAGACAUCAAGCUUGUGUAAAUAGAAGUGUCUGCAUUCACACACAUGCGUAGAGAGUUUUAGCCCUCAAUUCUUUUUCCCGUGGAACACAAACAGAUCAAGCACACAAGUCGUAACUAGUUUUAUGGGACUUCAGUACUGUUUUUUGGUCCAUUUUGUAACUUGGCAAACAUGGUCCCUUGUUGGAAAAGUCCUGCAAUAAGAAGUCUUCAAAAUGUCUCUUUUUGUGUUCCAAAAAAAUUAUAAAAUAAUGUUUAUAACAAUAUGAGGGUGAGUAAACAAUGACAAUUAAGGUGAACUAUUCCUUUAAAUGAACACUUUUCCCAAUAUUGACACUGGGAGUAAAUGGGUGUAAUUUGCGCUUAAAAUGGACCUUCCUGAAUAAAUUCCUCCUGAUUCACAAACGCUGCAUACACCGCAGAUUCGUUAGUUAAAUGUGUCUUUGCUAGUUAAUUCCUGAAUUCCAUAUAAGGAAGGCUUCAGACUAGGGAUGCACAGAUCCGGUAGCUGGAUUGGUAUCAGCUCCGAUACUGAUGUUUUUACCCGUAUCGGUUAUCGGUCUGACAAGCCCGAUCCAAAUCCAAUACCACAUGUUAGUUACGGUCAAUACAGACAAGCUCAAAGAAUUACAUAAAAACCUUUAAAGCACCAUUACAUUAGUCCAUAUGACUAAUUUUGUUCAAAGACUCCUGAAAACUGUGUUUAAUAAAUGAAUAUACAGUCUGCAUCCCGCACAGUGCGCUUCCCUGAAUACGUAAUAUGUUGGCGCUCCACACAAACUUUAUCUUAGAUGUACAGUAGAUGCUACAUUGUGGUUCGCUCAUAACAUGCAUUGAGAAGGGCACCGGUUGCGCAUUUCACCAGAUAUUGAAUGAGAAGAGAAUUAAACUACUGUCAAAAUAAAAGCCCUAAGAAAUUACAACGUAAACGUAUCACUAUUGUAUAAUGAUAUUUAAUAAUGAGGCGUAUGGAUCAGCCCAUGAUCCUUUCACUGUCUAUCCAUUAUGACUGGCAGCUGUCAAUCAAUCAUCCGUAUGACAAAUGGCACCCAGGACAGCAGCGCCUGCAUUUCUGGGCUAAAUCAGUUGAAAAGCACAACUUCUCUUUUUCUAACUAUCCCUUUCAUGCUUGCCGGUAAUGCAUGCUUUCGUUUUAAAUGCCUUUUGUGAGGAUACUGAACAUCUCUAAUGAUCCAACACAGCAGCCUCUGAAAAGGUCCUAUCAAUUUUGCCUUCUUGAGCUAGACUUGAAAGUCAACAUGAAAUCAAAAUGACCCCAUUUACUCAAUGUUCCUCGUCUUAAUGUAAACAAUUCAUCAACAUGUAAAUGUAAAAAAGUUGCUUCCUCCUCUGAAGCAACUUUGCUUUUUGGAUGACAUCACAAAUCCUACAUUUUCAACCACUCACAUCCAAUCACCGGAGUCCAUUCUGGUAUGUAACACCCACUUGAUGAUCCAAUCAUUUUCCUAUGGAUACAAUCAUGUUUAUGGCUCAUUAAGGAAGUUAAAUGGGUUGCGAAUAGCAUUUCAUGUUGACUUUAAAUGUCCCUUCGGUUAAUGCACUUGUGGGUUUGGUCAUCACUUACUCACCCUCAUGUCAUUCCAACUCCAUAUAUUGUUUCUUCAGAACAGUUUUAUCAGCUAUUGUGCGACUUCAGAGGAUUUGGAACAUAGAACAUAAGUUAUAAGUACUUUUUUGGCAAAUUUUUUUGUACUGUUUAAAGCUUGACAGUGAAAAUAUUACUAGAGAUCAACUGAUAUUGUUUUAAAUUGACCGAUAUUAAUUAUAUUUGCAUUGAAGUACCGGAUAGCUCAUAUGAAUAAGCGAUAUUAAUUCUUGUUUUAUUUCUGUUUUAAGACACAAUAACAACUUAAUUAUGCAUCACUAAACUCUGAAGGUGAACUGCUUUAUAAAACCACCCUUUAUACUGUGCACAAAGUAAUAUUCUGUCCACAAAGAAUGAAUUUAACUAGUUUUAGUUGCAAUAUACUGUACACUUAUGCACUUAAUUAUUAUUUACGAUAUAUAUAACUUUAUGGGUAAAUCCGAUAUUAAAGAGCACCUAUUAUGGUUUUUAAACGUGCCUAAUUUUGUUUUAAAGGUCUCAUACAAUAGAUUUACAUGCAUCCAAGGUCAAAAAACACUUUAAUUUGCUCAUAAUUUAAAUUGCAGCGUUACCUUUAUUUCCCAGUGUCAAAAACGACUCGUUUAUUGAUCCGUUCUAAAGGAUUCUUUCUAAACUCCUCCUUUCAGAGAGCCUACUCUGCUCUGAUUGGUCAGAUGUCCCAGUCUGUUGUGAUUGGUCUACCGCUUAGUGUAGUGUUUGAGGGCGGGUCAAAGCUGUUCGCGAGCAGCCAAUGAAGACCAGAGGCGGGUUUUUUGUUACCAAAUUCCGUAGGUUAGUACAGGAAGUAAGUCUGGAAUUACUAACGACUCGUUUCAGGUGUUCAGAAUCAGUUCUUUCUUUUGGGAGUCAAUAACUCCAUUUGUCGUGGACUUUUUUUACAUUCACAAACAGCUAUAUAACACACUACAUGAAAGGUAAUAUUUGGAAAACCAUAAUAGGUGCUCUUUAAAGAAUCGUUAACCGAUUGUGGAAAAGAGUAAACAUUGGUUAAAAAUAUCGGUCAAACAGAUUACAGGUCUUUCUCUACAAAUCACCAUCAACUUUCCUUGUAUGAAAAACAGAAGUUUAGACAUUCUGCCUAAAAUCUACUACUGUGUUUCUCAGAAGAAAACAAGACAUGAGGUUGAGUAACUGAUUGGGGGGGGUAAACUAUAGCUUUUAAACAGUCCCUGCUGUCUCAGUUUACUUGUUUUGCUAUUAUAUAUUUCAAAUUAACUGUAUGAACUUUUACAUGGUGUGCUGAGAUCCAUAUUUUUGUCAUGUUGCCAUUUCAUAUCCACUGGAAAAAUAAAAUCAAUGCAGAAAAUGACAAACAUCAGCAUGAAAC